UUAUGAGUUCAGUCGCCUCUACCACGAGCACCGGCGCUCUACCGUGUGUAGGACGACUGACGAGUCGUGACUGUGUACUAGCAAAGAUACGAGUAAAGUUUAGCGGGAAUACUCAGCCGGCGAACGGCAACCGCGCUGGGGGUCCCGUUGUCACAGGCUGGCGGCACGAACUAUUUACUACGAAUAUCGCGAUGUGCCAAAUUAUAACUGGGAGACAGUGAAUUUGUGCGAUAACCCGAUACGUUCUACGACAACAUUGCGAACUGUGUACGCGAUGGCUGCGAAAUUUAGGUGUAGUUGUGUGUUAUUUUUGUGUAUUUUGUACAGUGUCACCGGUUUCAAUCUGGAACCGAGGAUCCCUGUGAUAAAGUUCGGAAAGAGCGGCUCAUACUUUGGAUUCUCUGUUGCUGAACAUUUGACGAUCGCAAAUGGAACAAAGACGAGUUGGCUGUUGGUUGGUGCGCCGUUAGAUCAAAAUCUUCAGCCAAACACGACAAAGUCCGGGGCGCUAUGGAAAUGUGCUCUCAGUACCGCUACCACAGACUGUGAACAAAUCAUCACAGAUGGAAGACGAUCGAAGUACGGCACGAUAGAAACGACUUUCGAAUCUGACACCCUGUCCGUUCCCGGGCCCGACGAGAUCAAGGAAGGCCAGUGGCUGGGAGUUUCAGUGCGGAGUCAGGGGCCAGGGCAAAAAGUUGUCGUUUGUGCACACAGAUACAUACGGAAAUCCGGAGAGCUACAGUUUGGUCAAGGAUUAUGUUACACACUAUCCAAUGAUUUAAAACUUAAGGAAGUUUUAGAGCCUUGUAGGGGAAGGUCUAUUGUACGAGAACACGAGGAAUACGGUUUCUGUCAAGUGGGAACGAGUAGUUUGCUUCUUGAAGAUGAUACUGUUAUCAUGGGCAGUCCAGGGCCCUACACCUGGAGAGGGACUAUCUUUACUCAAGACACCACAGAAGACCUUCUUAUUAGAGAUAACGUUGUCUACAUGGGUCCGGUGGCAGAUGGCGCCAGUCCUGUCGAAAAGUACAGCUAUCUCGGCAUGUCGGUGACUGGUGGCAAAUUCUUUGGAAAUAAAUCGUCGUAUGUUGCCGGAGCCCCGAGGGCUCAUGGCACCGGCCAAGCCGUAGUGUUCACCAAGAGGGCAACAGAAGAUUGGGGGAGGACUGACUUGAACAUCCUCGAUGUACCCAUGCUGCUGAAAGGCGAACAGUUUGGAUCCAGCUUUGGUUAUGAAAUUGCAGCCGCUGAUGUUAAUGGCGACGGUUUACCAGAUUUGCUAGUUGGUGCUCCAUUCUACUUCUCACGUGAUGCUGGCGGAGCUGUUUACUUAUAUCUAAACAAAAACCACAAUCUGCCCAAACAAUAUACUUUAAAACUUACUGGACAACAAGAGUCUCAAUUCGGUAUUUCCAUAGCCAAUGCUGGAGAUCUCAACAAGGACGGAUGUCAAGAUAUUGCUAUUGGCAGUCCCUAUGAAGGCAAUGGAGUGGUUUAUAUUUAUAUGGGCGACAGAGAAAAUGGUCUUAAUACGAAACCAGAUCAAGUGAUCCCCGCUGAGGCGUUGCCAAAUGUAUUUAGGACGUUUGGAUACUCGCUGUCGGGGGGAGUUGAUUUAGACGGGAAUGGAUACCCUGAUUUACUUGUUGGCGCAUACGAGAAUAGCAGCGUCGCGUUAUUACGAACGAGACCUAUAAUCGACAUAAAAACUUCAACACGACCAUCGAAUACUAUAAUAAACAUCGAUCCAUCGGUAUAUGGGUGCGAGAAAGAUCCUACAUCAAACUACACUUGCUUCCACUUCCAAGCAUGUUGUAUCAUACAGUCUUUAGUCAAAUCUACUCAAGCGAGUGCUCUCAAACUGAACUAUGUGAUAGAGGCUGAAACAUUCCCUGGUGGAAGAAGAUAUUCUAGAGUAUUCUUUGAUUCUGACAAGUUAAGCUUAGUUAAUAGGACCAUAACAAUAGGAAAGGAUGUAGAAGACUGCAGAGAGCAUAUAGUUUACGUAAAGAAUAAUACGAGGGAUAUACAAACUCCAAUCAAGUUCCAAGUGACGUACAAGCUAGAGCACGUGGAGCCUAGGUACAGCACUGGUGGCAUGUUGCCUAACAUUGACGACUACCCUGUGCUUAACGCGACUGCCACCACCAUGUUCAGCGCUCACUUCUUGAACGAUUGCGGGACCGACGCCGUAUGUGUCAGUGAUCUCGUCGUCAAUCCUGUGCUGCAACUUCCUAAAUCUGAAGACGGUAAAUCAUAUGCACUUACGCUAGGACAAGAAGAAGAAGUGAAACUGUCCAUUUCUGUUGACAACUACGGCGAGUCGGCGUAUGAAGGGCAGCUAUUCGUUCAACAUCAUUCCAGUUUGCACUACAUUGCUGCUAAUAUCAGUGAUAAACAUGUGAUUUGUACAAGCGUGAACAAAACAAUUGUGUCGUGUAUGCUGGAGAAUCCUUUUAAGAAACAACCAGAAGGCGCGGCGCCAAUCACGAUGCGUUUCGACGCACGGGCUUUAGAAGACAAUGAGCCCUCCGUGGUGUUCACAGUUUGGGCAAACUCUACAUCCAAAGAACUACAUCCUGGAAAGAAGCCUGUGAAAAUAGAAGCACUGGUGAUAAAGAAUGCUGAGUUGUUGAUUAAAGGCGCUGCGCGUCCUGAACAAGUGUUCUAUGGUGGUGAAGUGAAAGGCGAAUCGGCUAUGAAACACUUCGACGACAUUGGCACCAGAGUAAUGCAUACUUAUCAGGUGUUCAACGAAGGUCCAUGGCGCGUAUCUUCCGUGCAAGUGGUGAUACUAUGGCCGCAUCAAGUGGCGUCUGAUAGUACUCAAGGCAAAUGGCUGCUGUAUCCUGAAAAUGUACCCACCGUUAUAGGAGAAGCUGGCCAAAGCAACGGAGAAUGCUUCAUUAUUGAAAGAGAAAUUAACCCUCUCAAUUUAACAACAAGGCCGGGCACAUAUGAACCUUACCUCGAGAAUUUAGAAAUGGACCCGUUCAUGACAGUUGGGAAGCUAAGCGUCAACUCGGUGGAGAAACGAUACAAUGAAACGUAUAAGAGAAUGCAAUAUUCGAGCUCCUCUGAAAAUAGAAUUAGGAGGAAAAGACAAACCGAUAUUCUGAAAGCCGAAGCUUAUACGGACAAGGAUGGCCAAAGAAGGCAUGUUGUUAAUAUGAGCUGCCAAAAGAAAACGGCUAAGUGUAUAAAGUUCCAAUGCGUGAUAUACCGGCUGGCGCGGGCGCAGGCGUCGACGAUCACGGUGAAGGCGCGGCUAUGGAACGCAACGCUGGUGGAGGACUACCCGCGAGUGAGCCACGUCAACAUCGCCUCAACAGCAUUCAUACACAUCGCUGACCAUUACAACAUACAUCAGAGCAAGCAGCACGAUGAUACAGCAACGGUGGAAACAGUCGCGUACCCAGACCUGAAGAUCAGCGAGCCUACGGAAGUGCCACUGUGGGUGAUUAUAGUCUCAGUGAUAGUGGGGUUAAUAGUGUUAGUACUCCUCAUCAUAGCGUUGUGGAAGCUAGGCUUCUUCAAGAGGAGUAGGCCCGACCCGACGUUAUCUGGAAACUUAGAGAAGAACAACCAUGAGUCCAGCCCGUUCAUAGGCAGGGACAGGACCAGUAUGCGAUAGCUGUGUUGAACUUAUGCAUUGAGGUGUUGUACAUACAAACUGUUGACUUCGUGCCGUAUUUAGUAAUUAUCCAGUGUGCUUGUGACAUCGUAGCGAUGACUAAAAUGCGUAAAAAAUUUACGAUUAAUUUUAAAUUAUUUGUAUGUUUAUCGUAGAUUUUGCGCAAGAUAUCAGACCCUUGUGUAUUUUAGGAGUAAAACAGACAAUUAAUGUAGAUAAAUUAUCCACUAUUGUUAACAAUGGUUAAAAAUUAUAUACAAAAGCAAGUGCGCAAGUUUUGGUUACGAUGUCACUGACGCAGGUUAUCUUCGACUGUGAUGUCUUCUUAGAGGAAUAUGUGUGUAUGUGAUGUUUAUGUUGUUGGUGUUAGCACGGAUUGACACAAAUUAUUUGUUUUUGAUGAUUGCAUUUCUAUAGCGUUUAUGUGAAAUAUUAUUUUAACAUUGUUUAUAUAUUCGGACGAAUAUGUAUUCUGUAAAUAAUUAUUGCCUAAUUAUUUAUGACUAAUGUAAGCGUUUUGUAAUUUUGACUAGAUGUUUUGCUAGUCAUGAACUAUAAUAAUAAUUUUAAGUAGAAAUAAGCGCAUAAACUCCUUCAAUGCAGGUAUUUAUGUCACAAAUGUUGAAAGAAAAUAGUUUACAUUUAACUUUAUGAUACAAGAUGGUACUUAAAAUACAUGGUUCUCUAGGCUAUGUAAGCAGGCAUUUGUUUAAUUUUUAUAACUAUUGUUUGUCAAGGUUUCUUGUCGCCUUUAUCGGUACAUUUUGAAAGCAGUCUCAGUAAAGAACGAUAGUAGUUUUUUUAUUGAAACGUAAUUGCAUUAAAAUGACGAGUUAUAUAAAAUUUUAGAUAGUAUUUGUUUUUAACUUACAAGAGCUGUUGAUAAUAAAGCUUCCCAAUUCGCUAACUAGAAAAGCACGAGAAAAUAUUUUGUUAUUUUAUCCUAUUACAAUAAUUUUAAUAGUUUUUGAUUAUGGCACAGGAAAAGUUUCACGAGGUAUGCCUCUGGCGCCCCUUCGUGAAUCUAGAUUUAAGUAUUUUUUCUUAUAAAUAGAUACCUGCAUUUUUAAAACUAUUUGUACAUAUUUUGUUUAUUCCGAAAUUAAUCAGCAUCUUAUACCGUAUUGAGGAAGCACUGCCAUCGAGACUUAAUAAAGAACAUUUUUGUUUGACCACCUACUUAAACCACUGGUUGUGAUUAUUUACUAUUAGAACGAAAAUACACUGACAUUUACUUAAAAACAAAUUUACUUUGUAUUAUAAUAAAAUGUGCGUGCCAUUUCA